AUGGCUGCAUAUACAAAUUUCCAUGUUCUACUUCAUGUUGCCAGUUUUGCAUCAUUGUUGCUAACGUCUUGUCUUGCACUGGAACUGGAAACAGUUCCAGCUACUUUUGUUUUUGGGGAUUCUUUGGUUGAUGCUGGUAACAAUAACUACAUUAGAACUAUUGCAAAAGCUAAUUUCAGGCCUUAUGGGAUUGAUUUUCCUGGCGGGGUUGGAUCUACUGGCCGCUUUUAUAAUGGAAGGACGAUAGUCGACAUUAUAGGAGAAGAGAUGGGUCUGAAAGAUUAUAUUCCUCCUUACUUGGCUCCAACAACAGUUGGAGAUGUUGUUCUUCGUGGAGUCAAUUAUGCAUCUGGGGGUGCCGGAAUUCUUAAUGACACUGGCGCGAUAUACGGUCCAAUAACCAUGGAUGUACAACUCGAUAACUUCGCGAGUACAAGGGACUACAUAAUCUCAACUGUCAAUAUGAAUGAUUCAUCAAUGGCUUCUUCGAAAAACUUACUCGGGAAAGCUGUUUUCUUUAUUCUAAUGGGUUCUAAUGAUUUCAUUGUCAACUACUUCUCUCCGGUUCCCUCCAUACCUAGGAUGACGAUUUCCCCGGAAAUGUUUGUUGAUUUAAUGGUCUCAAGAUUCAGGUCUCAACUAACUAGAUUGUAUGAAAUGGAUGCAAGAAAGAUUGUUGUUGCGAAUGUUGGGCCAGUUGGUUGCAUUCCAUUUGAAAGAGCUUUAAACGGUGGUUCUUGCAGGGAUUCCAUGAAUAAUGCAGCACUGUUAUUCAACAAGAAAUUGAAGAGCCUAAUCAUGGAGUUGAACUCAAAUCUUGUUCAGUCGAAGUUUGUAUAUGCAGAUGUCUACAACAUGUUUUCUCAUUUUCUCGAUAACUAUCAAUCUUAUGGUUUUGAGAACUACACAACUUCAUGUUGCAAAACACUUCCAGGCCAGUUCCGAGGUUUGUUACCAUGCAAUCCGAUAUCAGAAGUAUGUAGUAACCGAUCCAAGUAUGUUUUUUGGGAUGAGGCUCAUCCAACUGAUGCUGUUAAUGUCAUUUUCGCAAAGAAGUUGCUCGACGGCGAUUCUAAAGAUAUGUAUCCAAUGAAUCUUCGCCAACUCUACCACGCAUGA